UCCACCGGUCCACGACCUUGGCCUCUCCUCCGGGUAUCGGUACUUAUCUUCUCCCGUCAUGGCGCCCAGGAAGUUUUUCGUGGGGGGCAACUGGAAGAUGAAUGGCGACAAGAAGAGCCUGGGCGAGCUCAUCCAGACGCUGAACGGCGCCAAGCUCUCCGCCGACACCGAGGUGGUUUGUGGAGCCCCUUCCAUCUAUCUUGACUUUGCCCGUCAGAAGCUUGAUGCAAAGAUUGCAGUUGCAGCCCAGAACUGUUACAAGGUACCAAAGGGUGCUUUCACAGGAGAGAUCAGCCCUGCAAUGGUCAAAGACAUUGGAGCCACAUGGGUGAUCCUGGGUCACUCAGAACGAAGGCAUGUGUUUGGGGAGUCUGAUGAGUUGAUUGGGCAGAAGGUGGCUCAUGCUCUAGCUGAGGGCCUUGGUGUCAUUGCCUGCAUUGGAGAGAAGUUGGAUGAAAGAGAAGCUGGCAUAACAGAGAAGGUGGUCUUUGAACAGACCAAGGCCAUUGCUGAUAACGUGAAGGACUGGAGUAAGGUGGUUCUUGCUUAUGAGCCAGUUUGGGCUAUUGGAACUGGUAAAACUGCAACUCCUCAACAGGCUCAGGAAGUUCAUGAGAAGCUGAGGGGGUGGCUGAAAAGCCAUGUGUCUGAUGCUGUUGCUCAGUCAACUAGGAUCAUCUAUGGAGGUUCAGUCACUGGCAGCAACUGUAAGGAGCUGGCCUCUCAGCAUGAUGUGGAUGGCUUCCUAGUUGGUGGAGCUUCUCUCAAGCCAGAGUUUGUGGAUAUUAUCAAUGCCAAACACUGAAGCAGUCUGUGAGGAGCAGUUCCUUGUGGUUCAGAGCAAGAAACAGAAGCAAGAAGGGACCUUUCGUUGCACACAUCUCGGUACAGAGACCUCCUCUGAGGCUUUCCCUUCCACAGUCAUUGUUAUAGGUGUGCUGCUAACCCCCACCACCGUGUUGGAGUCUUGUUGGUAGGAACCUGUCUCAGCAGUCUUGACAGCCCCCUCUCUGAAUUGUCAAAAUUCUUUGUUGCCUGUUGACCUGUAACAGCCCACAGUCAACCUGGCCAAUGCCUCCCUCUUUCUCUGCAGUGCUGCAGAGACAGGGGGACACUGGUGCUGGGAAAGGAGGAAGGAACUAGAAUCUCACAUCCUUCAGCUCUAUCAGCAGGGAGCCUGUCAGCUUAGACCCUUGUCUUGCCUCACUUGUGUCCCAUACUGAACAAUAAAUGAAAAAAAGGAAA